AUAUCUUUUGCGCAUCCCAAAAAUAUUUGAGUGGGGUGGGAACAUAAAAAAAUUGUUGCCUACAUGUUUCCACACUAGAGUGGACACAAAUACUUUUUUGUAAUAUCACAUUCAAAAUGGCGGUUGAUGACAACUAUUUCACUGAACUUGAAAAGCUUCUUAGUAUUCCUUGCUCAAAUCCUGCUGUUAAGAAUAUAUUUAAAGAAACGAGUAGCGAAAUAAUAUUAGAAGCGAGCUCUCUGUAUGAAUGUGCUUUGAAAGUUGGACAUUUUUGGGCCUCUAUCGGGAAGGUGCGAGACGAAGAUGACGCCGUAUUGUGUAAAUUAUUGGACUUGGAGUCCAACAGUACUUUUAGCUACCAUAUUAAGCUCUGUUUAGGGAAUGUUAAAGCUUCUCUGGUCGAACAGAACUUUGAGAGCUUUCCAACCACCGAUGAAGCGACAAUUCCAACGAAUGCUCAACGAAUACGAAGACAAAAUGGCGGCGAACCAAGCGUGGGUGAGAGAGAUCAAAUCGACGAUGCUUUGCGUCUUUACUUCGGCUACAGCGAGUUUAGACCGUUGCAGCGAGAAACAAUUAUUGAAACCAUGAGUGGCAAAGACGUUAUAGCUAUUCUUGGAACUGGAGGCGGCAAGUCACUCAUGUUUAUGCUUCCCGCGUUGUUGGCAUCUAAACCAACUGUUGUUGUUUCACCAACAAAAUCUCUUAUUGACGACAUGGCAGACCGAGUCGACAUUCAAGCUAGAGAAGAUCAAACUAUUAACUUGCUUCAGUAUAAAUUGAUCUUUUGUACUCCUGAACUUCUACAUUUUUAUUUGAACGAAACUAUAAAGACCCUAGAUGAUAAUAACGACAUCGAAAGAAUAGUGUUUGAUGAGGCUCACACUAUUUCCUCUUGGGGAACGACUUUUCGCCAAGUAUGCAAGGAUGCCUUUGAAAGAGUUGCUGAUUACAAGUGCCCAAAAUUGCUGCUGAGUGCAACAGUUUCUGGUAGAGUACUCAAUGAAUUCAGGCACUCUCUGCCUAACUUAAUAGUCUUGAGACAGCCAAUAUUUAGAGAGAAUCUAACUUUGGAGGCUAAAGAAAGAGGACCAAAUAACAAGUUUUUUAAAGAUUUGACAGAGUUUAUCUUGGACAGGAAAGGAAUGUGUGGUAUCAUCUACUGUGUAACAGCAAGUGAUGUUGGAAAGGUCCAUGGAGAGCUAAGGAAAAAUAACAUUGAUUGUGUGAAAURCCACAGUAAACUUGCAGACGAAGUGAAACGGGUCAGUUUUGAGAAGUGGAUGUCAGGAGACAGCAAUGUUUUGGUUGCAAAUUCCUCUUUUGGAAUGGGCAUCGACAAAGCCAAUGUGAGAUAUGUUGUACAUGCACGUAUCCCCACAUCUGUUGAAGAGUAUUACCAACAGUGUGGCCGUGCUGGACGAGACGGUGAGAGUGCUCUAUGUAGAAUAUACUACAAYUACUCUGACAAAAGUGUUCUUUAUAAGUUAUUCCAGUCCCAAACAUGCAGAUAACUUUGAAAGCCAACGUCAAUCACUCAUUGAUUUGAUUGUCAUGUUAGAAGACACCGUGCAUUGCAGACAUCAAAUGAUCAUGAAAUUCUUUGG